ACACAAACGCAAUAGUGUUAAAGUAACGAAGUGCGUCAUAGUGGGGAUGGUAGUGGCGGCAGUGGUAGUGACGGCGGUGGUGGAGGACGAUGAGUAGAAGGAGGACGGGUAGGGGGAACGGAGGAUACGCAGAGUGGCACUGCAAAAGCCGCGAUGCUUUCUCUCUCUCUUUGCAGUCGUCUAAUGUUGUGUUGGUGUGACUUGUUCGUGUUGCGCAUUUUCCCCGCGCGCACACACUGGUUGUGAUCCGACUCUUCGUCUCGCCCUGGACUGCUGCUCAUCGUCAACAACUCGGCAUCGGUAUUGUCGUUGUACUCGUGCAGUCUUUUCUGUUCUGCGGUACGCCGCUGUCGACUACUUAUAACAACGAAAUAAUUAUCGACAGCAGCCAAGAGCCGCAAUUGUUAAAGACGGUGUCGUCUCGGUCCGCGGGCAAACUGCCGCCGCUGGACGACAGGACGACUCAGGGCCAUGGGGGACGCGGCGAUGAGCGUCGCAGCGUCCGGCGCCAGUCAACGUGUCGUCAAGGAGGGCUGGCUCCAAAAACGCGGUGAACACAUAAAAAACUGGAGAUCCCGAUAUUUCGUUUUGAGAGACGAUGGAACUCUGGUUGGUUUUAAAGCCAAGCCUGAUCAACAAAUGGCAGCUGCUGCACAACCAUUAAAUAAUUUUACUGUUCGUGGAUGUCAAAUUAUGUCUGUUGACAGACCUAAACCUUUCACAUUUGUGAUUAGGGGUUUACAAUGGACAACAGUCAUUGAAAGAACGUUUCAUGUUGAAACAGAACAAGAUAGAGAAGAUUGGGUGACUGCUAUAAGAUAUGUGGCAGAUAGACUCGCAAAUGAAGAGCAAAGUCAACAGCAACCACAUUCCCAAAUGCAGCAAUCCUCGUCUUCUGAAGAUGUUGAUAUGGAAUCGACUGGAGGUGGAAGAUCUGAUUCUUGCGGAUCUCUUGGGGUUGUUUCUAAUGAUGGAUGUAUUUUUGAUGAGUUAUUAGCCAAAUUUAGUGUUCAAGGAACAUCUAAUAGUAAAACUUCUGGAAAGAAGAAAGUUACAUUAGAGAAUUUUGAAUUUUUGAAAGUUUUGGGAAAAGGCACAUUUGGUAAAGUUAUCCUAUGCAGAGAAAAAGCAACUGGUCAUUUAUAUGCCAUUAAAAUUCUUAGAAAAGAAGUAAUAAUUCGAAAAGAUGAAGUAGCACAUACGCUAACAGAAAAUAGAGUUUUAAGAACAACCAGUCAUCCAUUUUUAAUAUCUUUAAAAUAUAGCUUUCAAACUGCAGAUAGACUUUGUUUUGUGAUGGAGUAUGUUAAUGGUGGAGAACUUUUUUUUCAUUUAAGCCGAUCGCGAGUAUUUAGCGAGGAUCGAACUAGAUUUUAUGGGGCUGAAAUUAUAUCGGCGCUUGGAUAUUUGCAUUCACAAGGAAUCAUUUAUCGAGAUUUAAAACUCGAAAAUUUGUUGCUGGAUAAAGAUGGUCAUAUAAAAAUUGCUGAUUUUGGUCUUUGUAAAGAAGAUAUUACCUAUGGUAGAACGACGAAAACAUUUUGUGGUACACCAGAAUACUUAGCUCCUGAAGUAUUAGAAGAUAACGAUUAUGGAAGAGCUGUAGACUGGUGGGGAGUAGGAGUAGUUAUGUAUGAAAUGAUGUGUGGAAGACUUCCAUUUUAUAAUAAAGAUCAUGAAAAACUUUUUACACUUAUUUUAUUAGAAGCAGUGAGAUUUCCUAAAAAUAUUAGUAAUGAAGCUAAAGAUAUGUUAGGAGGUUUAUUAAUUAAAGAUCCAAGUAGGAGACUAGGGGGCGGACCCAAUGACGCCAAGGACAUAAUGGACCAUGCGUUUUUCUCAUCGAUAGACUGGUCAGACCUUGUCCAAAAGAAAAUUUCACCGCCCUUUAAGCCUCAAGUGACCUCGGACACGGAUACGCGUUAUUUUGAUAGUGAAUUCACCGGCGAAAGUGUGGAACUGACUCCUCCCGAUCAGGGGUGCCUUGGCAGCGGCGGCGGCCUUAAUUCGAUAGCAGAAGAACAGGAGCAUUUUCCACAGUUCUCAUAUCAAGAGAGCCAUUCUGCAGCUACCUCUUCGAUAGUUUCCAUCAACCACUGACACGAUAGUUAUUUAUUCUUGGUUUAUGCUUUGGUAUGUGUGAUCGGAUGAAUCGAAUAGUUGCCUCAGACUCGGUGGCACUGGAAGGAAAAAGUGUGAUAAAAACUUGUACAUUUUUCUUGUACAACAAUGUAACGACAGUGUGAUGAUGAUCGUCUCGUGCAUUUAGAAAAUAAAAUAUUUUAUAUUGGAAAAAACUAGAACAUGGUUUUGAU